UUUUUAUGACAGUUAUUACAAUACAAACAAAUUAAUUAUGUUUUGAAUUAAUUAUUUAAUUAACAUUUUGUUCGUAAGUUAUUAUUAGAGCAUCUUUUACACGAUUCAUUUCAACCUUAAUUAAUUAAACUAGAAAUUUGGUUAAAUUUUUAUUAAAUAAAUUAAGUUGUUACACCUUACUUGAACAUUUUGACAUUGACGUUUUUUAUAAAUGUCAAAAAGUGGUGAUCAAGAUUAUAACAAAACGUUAUUUUAACUAAACGUUUAAGUUAACAACAUGGGUAUUUUAGAGAAAAUAUCGGAAAUUGAGCGAGAAAUAUCCCGGACACAAAAAAAUAAAGCUACCGAGUACCAUUUGGGUUUAUUAAAAGCAAAACUAGCUAAAUAUCGGUCCCAAUUACUAGAACCAUCCAAGAAAAGCGAGAAAGGUGAAGGAUUCGACGUUUUAAAAAGUGGAGAUGCUCGAGUUGCUUUAAUUGGAUUCCCUUCAGUUGGAAAAUCCACCUUAUUAUCAACAUUAACAAAAACGGAAAGUGAAGCUGCCUCGUACGAAUUCACAACUUUAACCUGUAUUCCUGGAGUUAUCGACUACAAUGGGGCUAAUAUUCAACUUUUAGACUUACCAGGGAUUAUAGAAGGGGCUGCUCAAGGUAAAGGUAGAGGAAGACAAGUAAUUGCAGUAGCUAGAACUGCCGAUUUAGUCCUAAUGAUGUUGGAUGCUACAAAAAAGGACGUUCAUCGCGAUUUGUUGGAAAGAGAAUUAGAAAGUGUUGGGAUUCGAUUAAACAAAGCAAAACCAAACAUUUAUUUUAAAAUUAAAAAGGGUGGCGGGAUUUCGUUCAAUUCGACUUGUCCCUUAACGAAAAUUGAUGAAAAAUUAGUUCAGUUAAUUCUUCAUGAAUAUAAAAUUUUUAAUGCUGAAGUUUUAUUUCGUGAAGAUUGUAAUGCUGACGAAUUAAUUGACGUGAUUUGCGCAAAUAGGGUUUAUUUGCCUUGUCUUUAUGUUUAUAACAAAAUAGAUCAAAUUUCUAUCGAAGAAGUGGAUAGAAUUGCGCGCCAACCUCACAGUGUAGUUGUAAGUUGCAACAUGAAACUAAAUCUGGAUUUUUUGUUGGAAAUAUUAUGGGAAUAUUUACAAUUAAUUCGGGUUUAUACAAAAAAACCGGGUCAACCCCCAGAUUUUGCUGAUGGUUUAAUUCUAAGAAAAGGAGUUAGUGUUGAACAUGUUUGUCAUGGUAUUCAUCGCACUUUAGCGCAAGCGUUUAAGUAUGCUUUGGUUUGGGGUACUAGUACCAAAUAUUCACCGCAACGCGUUGGGGCGAACCAUAUCAUGCAUGAUGAAGAUGUUAUACAGAUUGUUAAGAAAUAAUUUGUUUAUUACUCGAUUUAAUUGUAAAAUUGUAAUGCAAUAUUGAAAAGAAAAACGA